UAUUUAAAGAAGUUUUGUUUGUCAUUGUCGGAUCCGUCGUGUUUUAAGUCACCUAACUUUCGUCCAGCAUACAUCAACCCAUGAAUUUGAAUACUGAAUAACACAUUUCAGUCGCACCAAUACCCUUUAUUUUAUAUAUUUUCAAACUCUUCAAAUGGCAUUUUUUUCAUAACCUAAUGUUAUAAGUAAUUGAUUCAAUCAUAUGGAAAAAAAACAUUUACGCUUAAGCACGAGUGAAACCGUACAAACAUAAAACAUCGAUUUCGGACUAAAUUCUAAAUUGCGAACAUGUCAAACCGCCUUUCACAAUUGAUUACCUCUGCAGAUUCCCUUCUUUUGAGAAGGAGGUACUCCCAACAUCUACUUGACCAUUCUGCAAAAAUGGGAGCGAUGCAGAUGUCAACCCAAAACGGAAAUUUUACCGAAUCAAAAAUGCAAGAGAUCGGUUCGAGUUGGGACACACCCUCUAACAAUGAUCCUAAUGAUUCUUCAUGGCAACUAUCAGCAGAGAAAGACUACGGAGUUACUCCAAACAUGAAUUCCACUCAAUGGAGUUGCAUGAGCGUGGCUGGAGCAUCGAAAGAAGUUGAAUAUGCAUCUAGAGAUCUACCUUUGUCGAUACAGAGUGUCUUUAGAAAUCGAUCGAUCGGCAGCCAUAAGGAAAAAAGUAACGACACGGUAACAAAGCAGGCGGUGAAAAUAGCUUCUUAUGAGGCUGCGUCGCCAGCUGCGAGCGGGCAAAUAUCACACAAAUCGUCUUUAUACAAAAAACUAGCAAAUAAGCAUAUGCCUAUCAACGCGAUGAAACAGACGUACGAAAUUACAAAGGACUCUUGUCAAGAAUCAGUCGAAUCUUUGAAACGGCAUUCUGACGACAUUAACGACGAAGUUAACAAACUGAUAGCGGCUGGUAAGCAAGAUGAAAUUUCGAAGCGCAGGACCCCGGCGAAGGGCGAGUACCCUGAGGAGAAGGUUACGUCUCCUUUAUCGAUUUUGUCGCGGAAAAGUAACUCGAUGUGCAACAUGGAAAAAGAAAUGAAUCCACCCAAUUUUCACAAUCUGGUCGCACGUAAAUCGCAAUCGAAAAUCGCACAAUUGAGCUCGGAGGACUGGCCGUUGCCAGAGAGCCGUAACUCCCAAAGAUUCCCGUGGGACGGCUCGACGUCGAUGGUAAAAGAGAAAACCACUAAUCCGGAAAAUGAGAUGCUUUAUCAAACUUACGAUCCAAACUUUUCAUUUAAACUGGACAUGUAGUGUCAGUUAAUAACAACCUUUUUCAAUUGUC